AUUAUGGAGAGGUGCUGAGGUGUUUUCUAGUUAAGAUUUCCACACUGUCCCAGCACUGUCCCAGCACUUUUCUAAUACAACCUCCUCCUCAACAUGAAGACUGUCCUCGCCGCGCUGGUCCUGUUCGCCGCUGUGCUACACACUGUGUUGUCUUGUCCGAUAUGUGAAGGUGAGGGGUUGAAGUGUUACACCUGUGUGGCAAAGAACGCGGACGAGUGUUUCCGGCAGGGCUCGACUGUGUGUCCUGCUCAUUCAGAUGCCUGCUCCACCAUCACAGGACCCAACUCCGUGAUGAAGUCAUGCGCUUAUAAGUCCUUCUGUGACAAGUCUCACAUGAGCAAUGGGGAGAUGAAGCUGGAAUGCUGCUUCAACGACGAGUGUAACGGCCCUCACCGGUCCCACAGCCAUGGGGAGCACCACAACACCUCCUCGAGCCUGAGCUCCAGCCCCGUCCUGCUGCUGGGACUCCUGCUGCUUAGACUGGCUCUCAGUUCCCUGUAAACCUGUAACACAAAUACAGAAAUAAAUGAUGGAGUACAGGUGUUCAUGUAACUGAUAGAUGAGCUUUUGUCUGUUGGGAGGCAGAAUAAUCAGUGUGUUUUUGCUGUUACACAUACAGGGGUUGAAUAAACACUGCUUAGAUUUGGUGUUCAUCUCUUUUAUUUUCUGUUGUAUGUGAGAUCAAAUGAGCGUCUGGUUAACUAAUGAAUAAAUUAAUAAAUGACCGGCUCAAAUG